UUAUUCAUGUGGCAUGCAUGAUAAUUGAAGCGAAAAUUCUUGGAAUUCGUCCAACGAAUCACAGAGUCAUGAUGAGACAGGUCGUUAUACCUGCGCCGUGAAAUCAGGCUAAGGUAAUAAAGGUGAAAGGUCAAAGGCAACGGGCUAACGCGGAUAUCGACCCAGGUGAGAUCGAGAAGGCGAGGUAACCCGGUUACAAUCGGGGUAGCGGAUGGGCGCGAAAGCAGAUUGCCCUAGAAUUCGACUUUGGCGUUUCCGCACACGCGCAUUGCGCUGUUCGACAAUACUCAUCCCCCCUACACGCUUAGGGGGGAGAAGGAUCUUUGUCUAAACAAUCCAAACCCUUCUACCCCUCGUUUCCCAAGCGGUGGUUUCCGUCGAUUCUAAAUUCGCCGUUCAAAUAAAGAAACAACAGAAUGUUGGAAGAAAAUGAUACAAUGCAAAUUUCAAAGUGAACGAUGUUUUUGAAAGACGUCAUUUACAAUUUUUUAAAAAUUUAUGACAUUUUUUUAAAUAUUUGUAUUAUCUGGGAGAAUUGUGUGAAAAAAUGAAGUUAAUUAUUACACAAGUUAUUAUAAAUGUGCCCUAUAUUAUAUAUGUAUAAGUACACAUUUUAAACAAUGACAAGAAAGAGCGACACGUUUUGGCGAAUGUAUACAUGAUAUCUUGUGAGUACGGUGAAAGUGACGAGUCAGCUGCUAUUAUGUUCACAUCCCGAUUCCUAGACUCGGCCCUGCGCGUAGGGGUGCGCGCGCGGCUACUGAUAAUAGGAAGGGUGCAAGAGGGAAGGAGACGGAGACAAAAGGGUGAAAAGGAGACAGGGCGAGUAGAGAUGCGCGUGCGGAGCGCCUGUCUACGGCUAGCUCAGCAGCCGUCAGUCGGUGGUCGCACGCUCGUUCGGGGGUGACGGGUGCGUCUACAUACGCGAGGAGGGCGAUGGAGGCUUCGUGCGCCUCCUUGGCGAUCGAGUGAGACGCGCCAUUCCAUGAAUCCCCGUUCCGCAUCGUCCGUCGUAAGAGUGAGACACGGAUAAAACAGAACAGCACGAAAAAGAGGAAAUCGAGCAACACAGGGCGACAAAAUGUCGACGUACCACUGUUUAUUGUGAACGAGGGGACAAGGGGGAGAGAGAGAGAGAGAGAGAGAGAGAGAGAGAGAGAGAGAGAGAAAGAAAGAGAGACAGGAGGAAAGAGGAAGAGAAGAAAAAAAGGGGGUUGAACACACAGUGGCGAUACCUCUCUCUUUUUUCCGAAUUGUCGCUAGGCAUAUUGAAGACAAACGUAACAACCUAUGUCUAUGGCGAAUCGCCGAGAAAAUAAUGCGUUACGCGUUCGCUGAUUAGUGGCUGAUCUAGAGUCAACGUAAAAUGAAUCGCUUUCAAUGUGCUUGUCGCAUAGCGAUUUAGAGACGUAGACCGUAACGACGGGCGCCAGAACGGGCGGAGCUCCGUCACCUUUCUUGCCUUUCCAGAGAGGCAAAGGAAAGAGUGAAAGAAAAAGAGAAAGAGAGGAAAAAAAAAAAGAAAAAGAAGGCGGCAAAGAGAAAUUCUUCUGGGACAGUGUAAGGGGUGUGAGGCAUGCCUGACAUGACACGGACCCAUCAUCGGCGCAUCAUGCGACCAUGCGAAUGUAACUCGUAACAGAAACGGGGGCAUCCCAGAGCUGCUUUGAGACGGGAAGAGAAGAAGCGAUUGGGCAACUCGCGGAGCGAUGUAUGCCGCGGCGGGUGGUGCCAGCAUCGCCAACCGGAGGAAGCAGAAGCGGCUGCAGCUUAACAAACAAACGCCGGUCCAUGUCAUUCCGCCAAGACUGAAGAGCGUACCCCCUGGUUCGCGUCAUCAUCAGCAGCAGCAGCAUUAUCAGCACCAUCAGCAUCAGCACCAGCACCAUCACCCGUACCAUCAUCAUCACCAUCACCACCAUCAUCAUCCUCCGACCAAGCUCGCCACCACCCGUCAGCAAGUCCCACGAACGCAACAGCAAGCGCUGACAUCGACGUCUUCGUCGUCCGCCGCGUUUCAUCCGGGCAUCGACGAUCGACGCCGUCACGUCAUCGAUCACCACAAGUCCCACCAGGAGCAGGUCGCGCCGGUCUCGCCGAUCCAGUUCCCAAUCUCGCCACCCCCGCUUUCUCUCGAGUCCUCAACGUCCGCCACCACCUAUCCGGCCAACAAGUCCAGUAAAUUUCCCUUCCCGCCAUCCUCGGUCCUCGAUCUCCGAGUAUCACCUCCUACUUCGGAGCUACAGUGCGGCGGUCAAGGACCUGGCGGAAAAGCAGCAUGGCAGGGAUGCAACAGACCUUCGCCCCUUCCUUUAUCUCCUACGUCACCCGGCUACAACAGGACGAAGCAAUGCGAAGCGCAUCGGCGAUGGAUGAAAAGAAACAGGAUAAGAGAUGCCAGUUAUUGCUACGGGAGCAGCGACGACGAGGAAGAUGACAGUAAUGCCAUACGGCAGAGGGGAGAGGUCAGCGCGGCGGUCAACACCGUGCUCUACGUGGGUUUAGGGACCACUGCGCUCGGUUUAGUUAUCUCGUUCGUCGGCACCGGUGAGAAGGGUUUCCUAAGUCCGCAACUGAGACUCGUCGGUCCAUCGCUUUUGUGCGCCGGAUUGCUGUGCUGCCUGUUUCGUGUGCUGAUGUGCCUCUGCCUAUGUCGCUGCGGUCAGUGCCGUUGGCAGUUCUGUCACGUCGCUUCGAGUAAGAAGGAGAAGGCGAGGAAAGCAGACAUGCGACCGGGAACAUUAUCGACCGCUUCGUUGUUGCCGCCGACGCAGCAGGAACGACCUAUCGCGCCUACCAGCCGUUCCGUGUCACCAGCGACGAAAGGACACGAGCUCCUGCUCUCACCUGCCCAAUUACCAGAGUGAAAGGACAACGAACGUGCGCCCCGAACAUUUUUUACGAAUGAAUUCUAUAUACCAUAUACGCCGAUUUACUGCCGGUUCUUGCCCACUUAUUCGGCUCUAGUUUCUGUUGCGGCUUGAAUCGCAAAUUCUCGCAGCCUAAAAAGUAGUCUAAACAUGCGUCUUUAGAUCUUAAAUAGAUAAAUAAAGGAAUCGGCUACGUUUUUCUA